UUUGAUUAUCUAGCUGCUUUUUCCAUUGCUGUUUGUGAUAUUAUUACAACAUAAUUGUGUUUUCCUAUUCCUUAUAGGACCAAUACCCAUCAGACAGCUGACAUGUCAGAAAAUCAAUAACUUUCUGCUGUUUUUAAUUUAAAAGUGUCACUAUUAAUCAGCAAAUACUGAUUCAGAGUUCAACGUGUUGGAUGUGUGCAAAAUAUGAAAAUCUGAUUCUGCAAUUUGUGUUUAUGGUGAUUAUUGCAUUAGUAACACAAUAGAUCAGUCCUAUGAGAAGCUUUUUUUCAUAGAUUUUUUUUUCUUUAGUACAUUUAAAUGAAAUAAUGGGAAUUGAGAAGACUUAUUGUGCUGAUAAAUGUGGCAUUUGUUGUCUUUUCUCCUUUUUUCGGGAAAACCAGGAGAAAGUAGGUGAGUGAUGUGCAGCCUCUAACGAAUUCCUCUCCUCCUCUUCUCCCCUCCUCCCUGUGACUGCCAGCCGCGCUGCCCACUGGCGACAUUGCUGUGUGGAAAAAACCCUCCAAUAUAUGAAGAGAUGGGCGGCAGCGCUUCCACGCAGCGCUUCCCAAGUGUCUUAAGUUAAAACUCGUGCGUGCUGCUUCUGCCCGGAGCGCAGAUGGAUCACCGAGCGCGCGUUCCGCUCCAUCCCAGCACUUUUGGAUUUUUAUUUUAAUGCAUUUUUUCCCCCUCCAGCAUCACCUCGGCGGGUUGUCAGUGAAGAUGUUGCUCCACGGACUUCUCCUCCUGUGCUUUUCUGUAACAGGUAUUGUCCUCGCGCAGCGCGACAGCUCCGGACUAUUUUACGCGCUCAGAUCGGAGCUUUCAGAAGACGCGAUCCUGGUGGCCAACAGCGGACUGCGCGUGCCUUUCGGGAGGUCUGUGUUCAUCGACCCUAUAAAUGAUUUGGUGAUCCAAACGCAGCCGGGGGACCGGUGCAGCAUCACCGUUCUGGAUAAUGAUCCGCUCUCGCAAAGACCGGGGCACCUCUCUCCAAAAAAGUUUCCCUGUGAUUUCGGUCCCAGAGAUGUGACAUACUUUCACUACGGCUCCAGAAGUCCAGCUAAGGACAGAGUGAGGCUGCAGCUCAGGUAUGACACGCAGACUGAAACCGUUAUCAUCCCGUUCAUGAUGGAGGUUGAAGUCCUUUUUACGCAGCUGGAGUUGCUCACCAAAAACAUGCCUCUCACUGUUGAGAAACUUCAAGGGAUCAGCAACCCCAUUGAUAAGAGGAUUUUAGAGUUCACCUAUGACAGAGACUCCUUUAAAUGUGAGGUGGCACUCUUCUCCAGUGGGAGCUCACUGCCUAGAUAUGGAAAACUCCUGGAUGGAGGGAAACUUUCCACCAUGACAGACUGUGAUGAGUUCACUCAGGCUGGCAUCCGAUAUCAACACACCUUUAACCACAAAUCUCCAAAUAAGGAUUACAUUCCCAUGGUCGUAGAGCUGCACGAUAAGGAGGGAAACUUAGUAAGGCAGGAGUGUUUUCAUCUCAUGGUCCGUAUUAAGGGAGGAGAGGAGAACACUCCUCCUAAACCCAGCUUUGCUUCCAUGAUGAUGAUGGAGGUGAGUCAGUUUGUGAUGACGGCCAUCACACCUGAUAUGCUGGCCGCUGAGGAUGCAGAGUCAGACCCUGAAGAGCUUAUUUUCAACAUAACCUCCCCGUUAUCUUAUGAGGAGGGCUACAUAGUCAGUACUGAUGACAGGAACCUCCCAAUCACAUCCUUUUACCAGAGAGACCUCCGCGACCUGAAAAUAGCCUAUGUGCCACCUUCGCUGGACUCGGACACCGAGAGGAUUUUCCAGCUUGAGUUUGCGGUGGUUGACACGGAGGGAGCCGUCUCAGACCCUUUUGCUUUUAUGAUAGUUGUGAAGCCGAUGAACACGCUGGCCCCCAUUGUGACCCGCAACACAGGCCAGCUGCUGUACGAGGGGCAGUCCCGGCCCCUCAUCAGCUCCCACAACUUGGAGAUCAGCGAUGAGGACAACCUGGAAGCGGUCACCAUCACAGUGGUGGACGGGCUGCGACACGGAGACCUGUUAGUGCUCGGUUCACACAGCAGGUUCUUCACUCCCGCCGACCUCACAACAGGGAUCGUCUUGUACCAGCAUGACGGGAGCGACACAUAUAGUGACAAUAUUGUGUUUAAAAUGACAGACGGGAAGAAUGAAGUGGAAUUCCUGUUUCCCAUUACAAUCGUUCCCACCGACGACGAGCCACCGAUCAUCAAUGCCAACACUGGGCUGGUGCUCUUCAAAAACCAAAUGGUGCCUUUAUCUCCUCACAUGCUCAGCGCUGCUGACAUAGACUCUGAGGACUCAACCAUUAAAUUCACCAUCGUUCCGCCUUUUUCCACGAUUGGCACCGUGCUGCUACGACAGUCGGAUGCCCCAGAAGACCCCUCCUCUUGGAAAUUCAAUACAGAGGAUGAGGUGUAUGAGAAGGAGGUGUCAGAGUGGCUUCAGAAAGACAUCACAGAUGGAAAGCUGUUUUACAGACACACGGGACCUCACAACACUGGCACGGUCACCGAUCAGUUUGUGUUUACCGUUCAGGAUGACAACGACCCCCCUAAUCUAUCAGAAGAGAACUCAUUCAUCAUCCGGAUCUUACCUGUCGAUGAUGUACCCCCUGAGCUAUUCCCCGGCACCACCCUGCAGAUGACUGUCGAGGAGUACAAGGUCACUCACUUCAGUAAGGAAGUGUUGCGCUACACCGAUUUGGACUCUGAGGACCGUGACCUCAAAUACACGGUUAUCCAGCCCCCAACAGAUACAGAUGAAAAUAACCCCAUCAUGUUUGGUUCUUUGGUUUUGACGGACAGCCCUGACAUCAGAGUGACAGAAUUCACACAAGCUCAAGUCAACCACCAUAAGCUGUCCUAUGCCCCCCCAGAUGUCGAGUUGGGAAUCACAGCCCAUGUGGUGCAAUUCCGUUACACAGUUGAAGACACAGCAGGAAACAGCGCUGAAGGCGCCUUUACCAUUUACCUGCAGCCUGUCAACAACAAGCCCCCCCAGAUUACAAACACUGGCUUUGGUGUGUUUGAACGAGGGAUGCACAUAAUCACCCAGGCAGAGCUGGAUGCUGUAGACCUUGAUACAAAAAGUGAGGAAAUAACUUUUACUCUGAGCCGGCCCCCUCAGCACGGCCAGAUUCAGUUUGCAUUUUCUGACUUGGAUAAUAAAGGAGCUUUCAGACUUGCAGAUAUCUCAAAUGGGAAGAUAUCGUAUGUGCAUAACGGAGAGGAGACAGUGAGUGAUGGAUUUCUGCUGGAUGUCAGUGACGGGAUUCAUGUGGUAACCGUGACAGUCAAAGUUCACGUAAAGCCGGUUGAUGAUGAAACUCCAACAGUUAACCUGCCCGCGGGAACCAUCGGCUCCCGGAUAGAUGUGCUGGAAAACGGCGCCACAGAAAUCACAAGCGAUGUGAUUCAAGGACAUGACGACGACACAGAUGGCCUCCAGCUGACGUUUAUUGUGGAAGAUCCUCCAGCCCUGGGUGAAAUAUUGGUCAGAGGAUUGCCUGCUACUAGAUUUACCCAAGCUGACAUUAUUAAUGGGGUGGUUGUGUAUGCACACACCAGUGGCGAGAUAGGUCUCGCCCUCCAGCAAGAUGGAUUCAAUUUAACUCUAACAGACAUGUCUGAUGAUUGGACUGUAGGUGGCAAUAAAGUCAGCGGAGUCCAUGUUCGAGUCACUAUUCUUCCUGUAGAUAAUCAGGCCCCCCAGGUUGAGAUUGGAAUACAAUUCAGCGUUAUUGAAGGGGAAAAAUAUGCCAUCAGUCCAGAACAUGUGACUGCUGAAGAUAAGGACACCCCAUCAGAUGAUAUCCUUUGCACCAUCAUUGUUCAGCCCACUGCAGGUUAUCUAGAAAAUGUAUCCCCCGCCCCAGGCUCAGAAAAGUCAAGGUCAGGAACAGCCAUCAGUGCUUUCACCAUCAGAGACAUCAGGGAGGGGAAUAUUUACUAUGUGCAAAGCAUUCACAAAGGAGUAGAGCCGGUGGAGGACAGGUUCACGCUGAGGUGCACGGAUGGCAUAAACUUUUCCGAAAACCACUUCUUCCCAAUCGUUAUUAUCCCCUCAAAUGACGAAAAACCAGAGAUUUUUUUAAGGGAAAUCGUCCUAAUGGAGGGAAUGAACAUUGUCAUAGACACGCCGAUAUUAAACGGAGCCGAUAUUGAUGUUCCACCUGAAGAACUUGUAUUUAUUAUUUCUAAACCUCCCAAACACGGCACCAUUUUAAACCAGCUAUCCACAGGCUCAGUUCUAGUGACUAAUUUCACUUUAGAACAGAUCAGAGAGGCCUCAAGUAUUAUUUAUGAGCACGAUGACUCAGAGACAAGUGAAGAUAGCUUUGAAGUUACUCUGACAGAUGGAAAGUACUCUGUGCAGAAAACAGCCAUGGUUAUGAUCAUUCCAGUGGAUGACGAGACCCCCAGGAUGUCUAUCAAUGAUGGCCUUGAGGUAGACAUUGGCGAAACAAAGGAGAUUAACAAUAAAGUGCUUAAAGCGACGGAUUUAGAUUCAGAUGACAGCACACUGUCAUUUAUUGUUCGUUUUGGGCCUAGUCAAGGUCACCUUCAAAGAAAGACCCCAUCUGGGUCUCUGGAGAAUGUCACGCUCGGCAUGAAUUUCACACAAGCUGAUAUCGAUGCUGGUCUCGUGCUUUACACACACAACGGACAAGAGGGGAUUCGAGACCUUGUCAAAUUUGAUGUGACCGACGGCAUCAAUUCACUCAUUGAUCGUUACUUUUACAUCACGGUGGGGAGCAUUGAUAUGGUUUUUCCAGACGUGGUCAGUAAAGGCGUCUCUCUGAAAGAAGGUGGAAGAGUGACUUUGACCACAGACCUUCUCAGUACUUCUGACAUCAACAGUCCAGAUGAGAACUUAGUCUUCACGGUCACUCGGGCCCCUGUUAGAGGCCAUCUGGAGUGUACGGAUACUCCCGGGAUGCCCAUUGUGUCUUUUUCUCAACUCCAAUUGGCUGGAAGUAAGAUUUUUUAUGUCCACACUUCAGACGAUGAGGUAAAAAUGGAUAGUUUUGAGUUUGAAGUCACAGACGGCUACAACCCAGUUUUCAGAACCUUUAGAAUCUCUAUAGUCGACGUUGAUAACAAGAAGCCCGUUUUGACCAUAAAAAGCCUGGUAGUGACAGAAGGACAGCUUAAGCUGAUCACGCCAUUCGAGCUGAAUGCUGAAGACCAGGACACAGACGAGAAGCUGAUCAGAUUCACAAUCACCCAACUGCCCAUUCACGGCAAACUUCUGUUCAACAGAUCAACACCCGUCACCAGCUUCACCAAACAAGACCUCAAUGAGAAUCUAAUCAGCUACAAACACGAUGGAACCGAAUCCUCAGAGGACUCAUUUUCCUUCACCAUCACCGAUGGCACGCACACGGACUUCUUUGUCUUCCCCGACACGGUCUACGAGACCAGACGGCCUCAAACGAUGACGAUCACCGUCGUGGCCAUCGACAAUGGGGUCCCCCAGAUUGUGGUGAACAAAGGUGCGCUCACGCUAAAGAUUUUGACUACAGGCCACCUGGGAUUACCCAUCAGUCCCAAAGUGCUGAGGGCAGAGGACAGAGAUAGUAAACCGGCCUCACUGCUGUUCCACAUCACCACUGAACCCAAACAUGGAUAUGUUGUAAAUCUGGGGCGUGGAAACAACUCCGUGGACACAUUUAGUCAAGCCGACAUCGAUGACCUCCACAUCUGCUAUGUGUUGCGGAAUGAAGAAAACGCCACAUCUGAUGUCUUCCAUUUCUCCGUCGAGGAUAAAGGUGGAAACAAGCUGAGCGGUCAGCAGUUCCGUCUGGACUGGGCCUGGAUCUCUCUGGAGAAGGAGUACUACGUGGUGGAUGAGGAGGACAAACACCUGGAUGUGGUGCUCAGACGCAGAGGCUACCUCGGGGAGACGUCUUUCAUUGGCAUCGGCACCCAGGAUGGCAGCGCAAAGAAGAACGAGGACUUCAAAGGGAAGUUGCAGAAGCAGGUGCAGUUCAACCCGGGACAGACCAGAGCCACGUGGCGGGUGCGGAUUCUGGCGGAUGGAAAAUACGAGCAGGCGGAAACCUUUCAGAUUCUGCUGUCGGAGCCGGUGAUGGGAGUGAUGGAGUUCCCUGUUGUGGCAACAGUGGAAAUCCUGGAUCCUAAGGAUGAGUCCAGCGUAUUCUUCCCUGAACAAAUCCACUCGGUGGAGGAAGACGUCGGAGAGUUAUUCCUCCCGGUGCACCGCAGUGGAGACGUCAGCGAGGAGCUCAUGGUGAUUUGCCACACACAGCAAGGUUCUGCCACAGGGACCAUCCCCACCACUGUUCUGUCCUACUCCGACUACAUCUCGCGUCCAGAGGAGCACAGCAGCCUAAUUCGGUUUGACAGGGGCGAGAGGGAGAAGCUGUGCCGCGUCGUGAUCAUCGACGACUCUCUGUAUGAAGGAGAAGAGAGUUUUAACGUGACUCUGUCCGUGCCUGUCGGGGGGCGUCUGGGAAAACACUACACAACGACUAAAGUCAACAUCGUCGAAGAUUUGGAUGAUGCUCCGGUGUUUUACUUCGGAGAGGCAGAGUAUUAUGCAGACGAAAGUGAUGGAUACGUGGAGGUCAAAGUGUGGAGGACGGGAACUGAUCUGUCCAAGUCGGGUACUGUGACGGUCCACUCUCGCAAAACAGAGCCUGCGUCUGCAGAAGCUGGUACAGACUAUGUGGGAAUUAGUCACAACUUAGACUUUGCCCCGGGUGUCAGCAUGCAGACGUUCAGGGUGUUCAUUCUGGACGACCUUGGACAGCCAGAGCUGGAGGGGACUGAGAGCUUCGAGUUGGUCCUGCGACUGCCAGUCAAUGGUAUCCUGGGAGAACCUGGAAAGGCAACAGUCUUCAUCAAUGACUCAGUGUCAGACUUGCCAAAGGUCCAGUUCCGCAAACCCCUUUACACCGGAGAGGAGAGUGACGGUCUCAUCACAGCGAUGGUGUAUCGCAGCGGAGACAUCCGACACAAGUCGUCUGUGCGCUGUUACACUCGUCAGGGCUCUGCUCAGGUCGCCUCCGACUUUGAUGAGCGCCCUAACACAGACGCGUCUGUCAUCAGUUUCUUACCAGGUGAAGUGGAGAAACCGUGUGUUCUGACGCUGGUGGACGACACGCUGUAUGAGGAAGGAGAGGAGCUGCGGCUGGUUUUAGGGACCCCGAGGAGCAGCUCACAGUUUGGUGCAUCAGUGGGGGCUCCGAAUGAGACUCUGGUGAAAAUAAAAGACACGGCAGACAAACCCAUCAUUCGAUUUCUGGAAACCAAGUUCAGCAUAAGUGAACCAAAGGAAGCUGGAGCUGUUGCUAUUGUGAGGGUCCCUGUGGUACGAAUGGGUGACACAUCAAAACUGUCCGUGGUUCGUGUUCACACCAAAGAUGGAUCUGCUGUGUCAGGAGUGGAUUACUACCCCGUGUCUCAAGACAUUGAAUUCAGACAAGGGGAUAAGCAGCAUGUCGUGCAGGUGGAGGUGCUGUUUGAUGGAGUUCGGGAAAUGAGGGAAGCUUUCACUCUGCAUCUGAAGCCUGACGACAACAUGGUGGCUGAAACAGAGAUGACUAAAGUAAUAGUGUACAUUGAGGAGUCCAACAGCAUGGCGGAUGUCACCUUCCCAUCGUUGCCUCAUGUUGUGUCGUUGCUUCACUACGACGAUGUCGCUCGGACGCCACACAACCUGCAGCCACCAGCCGGAUACCCGGUCAUCUGUGUCACGGCGUGCAACACCAAAUACCCAGACUACGACAAGACAGGUUCUAUCUGUGUCAGCGAGCACAUCAAUAACACCUUGACCCGCUACCGCUGGCUCAUCAGUGCCCCAGCUGGUCCCGAUGGCGUCACCAGUCCCAUGAGGGAGGUGGACUUUGACACCUUCUUUACUUCCUCCAAGAUGAUCACACUGGACUCAGUCUACUUCCAGGCGGGCUCCAGGGUCCAGUGUGCCGCCAGAGCUGUUAAUUCUGACGGGGAUGAAGGCUUGGAGCUCAGCAGCCCUGUUGUCAUCAUAAGCAAGGAGGAAGGCAUGUGUCAACCACGCAAGAUGGGAACUGUUGGUGCUGAACCUUUCUCUGCCAAAUUGCGCUACACUGGAGCAGACGACCCGAAACACCCCAACCUCAUCAAAGUGACUGUCACUAUGCCUCACAUCGAUGGUAUGCUUCCUGUAAUCUCCACUCGGCCUCUGGUGAACUUUGACCUGACUCUCAGUCCUGAUGGAACCCGCGUCGGAAACCACCGCUGCUCCAACCUGCUUGAUUUCAGCGAGGUCACCACAGGUCACGGCUUCAUCACCGCUUCCACUCGGAAUCCUGAGAGCAUGGGAGAUUCGGCGCCCUAUCAGUUCAGCGGUGCUCUGCGGGGGAACGGCACUCUGCGUUUUUACAGGAACCUCAACCUGGAAGCCUGUCUGUGGGAGUUCUCCAGCUACUUCCACAUGUCUGAGCUGCUCACUGACUGUGGCGGGACCAUCGGGACAGAUGGACAGGUUCUGAAUCUGGUUCAGUCCUACGUGACCCUGCGUGUGCCUCUUUACGUGUCAUACGUGUUCCACUCCCCGGUGGGAAGCGGCGGCUGGCAGCACUUUGAUCUGCAGUCGGAGCUGCGUCUCACCUUUGUUUACGACACUGCCAUUCUCUGGAAAGAUGGAAUUGGCAGUCCCCCACAAGCAGAACUACAGGGUUCUUUGUUUCCCACAAGCAUGCGCAUCAACAAACAGGGGCGUUUGGUGGUAAACUUCCGCACUAGAGCUCAUUUCAGGGGUCUGUUUGUGGAGUCUCAUUCCCCGGGUCGAAUCAAAAGAUCAGUCUCCUCUGUGUCCAUGGUGAUGAGUGUAGACCACCCUGGCUUGACCUUUAACCUCACACUGGUCAGGACUGAGCCCACCUACAACCAGCCCGUGCAGCAAUGGAUCUUCAUCUCCGACUUUGCUGUCCGAGACUAUUCUGGGACGUACACAGUAAAGCUGAUCCCGUGUACAACAGCCCAGAAUAUUGAGUAUUCUGUCCCACCCAUCUGCAGUCCCAGAGAACCCGUCUCCUUUGACCUCAACAUCAGGUUCCAGCAGGUGAGUGACCCAGUCGCAGUGGAGUUCAGUCUGAACACUCAGAUGUUCCUUCUGUCUAAGAGGAGCCUGUGGCUUUCUGAUGGAUCCACCAGUUUAGGUCAAGAGAGUGAUGUAGCCUUUUCUGAAGGUGAUACGAUAUACGGUCGUGUCAUGGUGGAUCCUGUGCAGAAUCUGGGAGACUCUUUCUUCUGCAGCAUAGAGAAGGUGUUCCUGUGCACCGGCGCCGAUGGAUAUGUGCCAAAGUAUAACCCAACCAAUUUUGAGUUUGGAUGCCUGGCUGACUCCCCAUCACUGCUUUAUAGGUUUAAGAUCCUUGACAAGGCUCAGCCAGAAACUCAGGCUCUUGUGUUUGGGGAAAUCGGUUUUAACGCUGUGCUGGCGGUGGACGAUCCAUCAGCUCUGUCUCUUGUCAGACAACCCGGUUCUGAUGGGUUUAGAUUGGAUUCUACCGCCAUGUUCCAGGUUGCAGCGGGGCGUGAGUGGUACAUACACGCCAUUUAUACCGUUCGCUCCAAAGACGCGAUCGGCAGAGGCAUCGGGAAGCGGAGCCUGGAGUACCACUCAUUUGUUUCUGCAACCGAUAACCGGGCUUUGUCCUCCAGGCCAGAAACUCCUCGCAAAAGAAGGUCGGCUGGAGAUGCUGUCCCUGCAGUCGCUGAAGAUAUCGGCAUAGACAAUAGCCGGGGCACCAACAUCAUGCACAUCUUUUUGGACCGUACCAAGAGGAAAUCCAGGCUGUCAGACGAACUCUUUGCCGGUGGGUUAGAACCUGACGAGCUGAACGCGGAUGAUACAGAGGAGGGUCUGCUGACUGUGGUGGGGGCUCUGGUCGGGGUGCUGCUGACUGUCCUCAUCAUUGUCGUCAUCGCACUCAUAGUCAGAUCCAAACAGAAGGAUUGGAAGGAAGCGGGAAGGGGAGGCGUCCAAGAGGUGGUGAAAGGGUCUAUCAGCACGGAGCCCAUGCUUGUGGUGAGGAUGCAGGACUGCCAUGACAGCUCAGAGGUCUGAGCAGUGAGCACAUAGAUGGACAGAUGAACAUACAGUACGGCCUUUUUUGGGGUGUUUUUACCUGGAUUGAAUAAAUGAAUACCUGUCGAUUAAUGUGCCGUUUAAAUAGGAUUGCUAUAACAUGACAUUUUUUUUAAAUGUAACACUUAUAAUUACAGCUUUAGUUUUUCUAAAUUACCAGUGCUGCCAUUAGCAGUACAUUUACUUUACUUAUUUUAUGGAGCUUAAGUGCCUGAAGAGUUUUCUUUCAGGCUAAAAUCUUUGUCAAGAGAAGCUGGAUGACGUUCAUGCUUAAACUUAAAGGGACACUUCACCUCAAUGAGAACACUUUAAUCCUUCUUGUUAGUGGUAGUGCGGAAAAAAGUGUGAACUCCAGCCAUUAGUAAUUGUUCUUGCUGUCUGCAAUGUAUUUCUUGAAUUGCUUUAGAAGCCUGCCCUGUCUAACAGAGCGAAAUGUCAUUUUCUACUACAUUCUCAUUUGUGUUCUUUUCUCAUUUUUACUUAUUUUGUUGUUAAUUCUGGGGUGAAGUGUGCCUUAAAGUCAUUAAAAUUUCAAAGUCUUAAAAAAAAAGAGUAUGGCACCACUACUCUUAGCAAAAAGUAGUCUAUUUAAGUGUACUUCUACUACACUUAGUCUUACUAAAAGUGAGACAGUAUACUUGAAAUUUACUAAAAUACUUUAAAUACUAUAUAUAUUGUAAAAUGUCAGAAAAGUAUUCAGUUUGUAAGCUUCCUAUACUACACGUACAUGUUCUAUGGUAGGGGUGGCUAAUUAUGGCCCUUAAGCAAUUUAAUUUGACCCACCAAACUGUAAAAAAAAAUGAUAAUCCAUGUUUUAAUUCCCCUGUAGUGCCAUUGUCUACCCCUAGAUGGUGCACUGUUAAUACAUUGACCUUUGUUUAAGGGAAAAACUUUAGUCAAAAUGUGGUUUUUCUGUCAUUAUCGUGUUUUUUUGAGUUUCCGACACCACAUGAACGCAUCAUUUCACUACGUUUGCAUAUUUUCUUGAGGCCCAUCAACCUAUUGGUGCAAGCUGCACUAAAAUUAGAAAAAAGUUAAAAUUUUGAAAUAAAAAUUCCAAACAGUUUUGUUUAGAAAUAAUUUUAAUGAAAAUGAAUGUAGGUUUUCGUGUCUUUCUCUUAUGAGAAAUAUCACCAAAACACUUCACUUAUUGGCUCCUGGUCCGGCCUUUCUGUCAAAUUUUAGAACACUUUUGUGGCUCAAAAGUAAAACUUUUUUCCACCCCUGGUUUAUGGAACACUCAAAUGUAUAUAUACUUAAUAAAACAACAUUCAAGUGUACUACUUUUUGCUAAGGAUAGUUUCUCUGUAUGAAGUUAGCAGCUCCUAUUAGCACAUAAAAACAACAGGCCAGGGCUUUCUUUCCCCCACUAAGCAGCUCGCUAUUUAGCUUCAUUCUUCAUUUCUGGUUAUCAUAUCAACCCCACUUUCUUUAAAUGUUUUGCUUUUUCAAUCACAAUAAAUAUUUACACUUUUUUCCCCUCCCACAGUUUUAUUGUUUUACUCUUGAUUUUUUUUUUUACUUUCUAUGGUAUUCAUUCUCAAUAUUGUCGAUCCACGGAUGUCUCUGGUAAUGUCAUAUUUAUUAGAACUAGACAGGCAUUAAUGUGACUUGAUAACGAAAAACACUGCUUGAGGUAUUGUUGCAACUCUUCUCAAAGGUUGUUAUAACUUUUUAAGAAAAGUGACUGUGUGUUGUAACACAAUCUUAUUGUUGACCAUGUGGGGGGAAAAAAAAUCCUCCAAAAUCACCUUAUUUUGUUUCAUACUUUUCUGAACUGUAAUAUUCACAUUGAGCCAUUUUUCUCACAUUUUUUCCUUUGAGCUUUACCUGUCACUAGUGCUGUGCACCCUUUUCAGUGACUCGUGUUUGGAUAAACAAUGUGAAUACAAGAGCUGCUUACAGAUCACCUGUGUAAAAUAUGAAAUUUGACCCACUUGAUAUAAUGUUGUCACUGAUAAAAUGUAUUUUCCAUUUAUAUUACUGAACAUAUGUCUUUCUCUUAUGACACUGUUUUCAUCAGUAUUCCAAAAUGCUAAUUUUACCAUUGUGUUGUUAGUUUUUAUUAUUUUUAUAUAUUUAUUAAGUUAAGCAGAUGAUGAGUUGGAACCACUUGAGGGAUGAGCAACAUUUUGAUGGUAUAAAUGUUAGCUGAACUAAGACAAAGCCAUCUUUUGUGUUUGUAGCACCAAUGAGUUUAGUCCUUUUUGCGUCCCACCUCACAUGCCUCUACAAGCUAUGCAAUGUAAUGUAUACUUCAUAGCCAGUUAUCCCCAUUUAUAUGAAAGUUUCAGCACAAUAAAACUUUAUAUACA